AUGGAGGAGCUCCCGUCCUCCGGCUCUGGCGUGCUGAAGUACGACCCAAAGGUCGCAGAGGAGCGUCUGUCAUCCUCCCAAGACUAUGUCGCAUCGGCUCCGUUAUUUUGGUUAAACGUGGGUUGGGAAGCGCAGCCCAAUUUACCGAAAUAUAAGAGCCGCAUCAACGACCUUCAAGCUCAUUUCUUCACGAAGCCCGGUUACCUCAAAACCGAAGUGCGCGUCGUGCUUCCAAGCAGCAGCUGCAGGCCUCACGAGAUGAAGGGCAACCUCCUUGCGUACGACCCGCCGGAGAUGAGAGACAGCCUGAGGCAGGCUGUCGCUCAAGCAAUCGAGUCAGGCGCCGACGACUCCACGCUGGAAGGAUGGCGGGACGUUCUUUUGUCUGUGCCAAUGCGGUUCACGGUCGUGGAGUCCGACCAGGAGCACAAGAUCGACCUGAUGAUGAAGACCCUGGUGCAGGAAAGGGAGGACAUCGGCGUCUUGUUCGACAAUCUUCGCGUGAGUGCUUUGAUGCGAACCUUCGAAGUCAUUGACAUGAAGGCCCAGCUGGAGAAGGAUGGGGGAGAGCGCCAAACGAACAAAUCACUGGCAGCCUACUACAAGACGCUUCGAUACUGCAAGAGGAGUGAGAAGGUGAGCCAGACUUUUGUCGAGAUAAGCCUCAGCUUGCACAAAAACGCCCUCUGCUACGAGAAGGUUCGGAACAUCUGCCUCAGGUUCGACGAGAUGGGCCUCGACAACCCCAUCGACUCCGUCUACAAGCUCAGGGAGAUCAUGACCAAGUCUGACAAGUCUCGGAACAACAUGGAGUGGGCAUUCUCCAUGACAUGGGACUGGUUCCACGUCGCAGGCGGCACGCCAGGCAAGAAGAAGGACGCCGGCGAUGCCAUCCCGCUGAGCAUCCUGGAAGGAACCACGGCCAACUGGGGCGGGAAGUCGCUGGUGCAAUUGUUUCUGUUCAAGAGACAGAUCCGAGAUGCGCUUUGGAAGAAGUUGGAGGGCUACUCGUGGUCAACAGCUGUCAAAGAGCGCAUCAAGCAGCUGACAAUCGAUGUGGAGACUUGCCGAGAGCAUCUCGGCGCGAUCGAUGUGGAGGUGAUUGGCUUUCAGGAGCGGGGCAGCUGGCCGGAGUCAGCUGAUGCCUUGCUCUUGGCGAUUGAGUCGGUGGUGUAUGGUUACAAAAAGGAUGAUGCCCUUGUUUCCUGCCUGAAGAACCGCAAGGGCAUCGAGGACACGCUUGCCCAUGCGGACAUCAAGCCCCUCGUGACUUCCAUCGACACGAAGUACGCGAAAGAGCAGGGUGUGCAGGAGGAGUCCGCGGAUGAGGGCGAGGACGAUGCUGUGGCAAAGGAUGGCGACGGUGCGGAGCCGGCACCGCCGCUUCUGGAUUGCAACCGCAGUGCCGCGGAGAUGUUCCUGCAGAACACGGCCAACGCAACCGAGUCAUCGAUGUUGGAGGUUCGCGCCAAGGUCGAGGCGGGCAUGAGACAGGCCGAACGCCGUGUGAAGGGCCUUUGCAGGCUUAUCCACGAGAAGGAGAACAGCGGAGACAUCGAGGCUGACAUGAAGGAUGCGGCAGCUCUGUUGACUGCAGGAGCCCCCAAGAAGUAUGCGGUGAUAACUGUGGACGCAAAGUUGCUUUGCGAGAAUGGCAGAUAUCGGUUACCACCCACACGACAGUUCCAGUUGACGAGACUUCUCGAAGCCGUCUACGGUGCGAAGGGCUCUACGUGGGCUGAGGGAGAUUGCAUCCUGGGGCUCGAUGGAGGAAAAUCCGACUUUGAAGACAAGUUCCUCAAAGCCAUUCCGGACUCCAAGUCCAUGCACAUCACCAAGCAGUACAUCACGUACACGUCAGAGUCCCUGGAGGCCACUUGCAUCACUUUCAAUGUUUUAUGUUCUUGA